CCACACAAAUCAAAACCACUUUUGCAUUUUUCGAGACAGCAGAGAAAAAAAUCAAUAACAAAACGAAGCUAAAAAAAAUGUCAUGACAACUUUGGAAUUUUUUUAAUUUACUAAAGUAACCAUGGAAACGGUGAAUAAUUUAGAGAAUAAAAACCGUUUCCAUUCUGCGAAGGCCUUAUUUGAAAAAUUGGAAUCUACUACAAAUACAAACGUUAAAUUUCUAAAGCCAAUUCCGCCACCGAAAUUGAUAAAUCGGACGUUGCCACAGCAACCCACGUCGCCUACGAAGAAAUUAAAUUCCAGGGAAUUAAUUGAAAAACAGAGGAAUUGGGGGAGGCAUUUUAGUCCAGCGGCGACGAGUAAUUCUGUGGAAAAUAAUGAUGUUUCCACGACAACGACGUGGGUUAAUUUGGACGAUAAAAAGGUUUCCACGGCAACGGUGGUUUUCAACAAGGUUGUCGUGGGGGGGGAGGGGCCAAGUGUGGGUGGUGUUGAGGGGGUGGGGGGUGCGACCGAUGGGGGCGUGGCGGAAAGGGGUGUGGUCACGGAGAGGGUGGAAUUUGAGAUAACCGACGAGGUUUCCAUAGCAACCACGACCACGACGACGACGAGUUUGGAGGACAUCACCGUGAUUGAUGCUUUUAAAGAGAGUGAGGAGAUUAUUUUGGACAAAAUUAAUGAGACCAAAGAGAGGGAGGAGGAGUGCAGUGUCGUGGAAAAUGUGGUGGGCGUGGUCGUGGAAACUGCUCCCGUGGUCGCCAUGGAAACCACCACCCUUGAGGAAGCCCCACAAAAAACCCCCAACGAGUACGACACGGUUCCCAUGGAAAACAAAUCCGAGGAAAUCCCCGUCGUCACGGAGGAGGAUGAAAUUGCCAUGGAAACGGAGGAAAAUUCCGAGGACUCGGAGGACUCCUCCCCUUUGGAGUACAUUCCAGGGUUGGAAACGGAGAAUUACGAUGACAACGAACCGUUUUAUAAGAAACCCAGUCGGAUCAGGUGGAGUUCCGAGCCGAUUAAGGUCCACGCGACGUUCCCUCCUUUCAUCUACGACCGACGGAACGAUGACGUGGACCCCGUCGCGUCCUCGGCCGAGUACGAACUCGAAAAACGGGUCGAAAAAAUGCAGCUCUUCGACGUGGACCUCGUCAAAGGAACGGAAGGCCUGGGUCUGAGCAUAAUCGGGAUGGGGGUGGGCGCGGACGCGGGGCUGGAAAAAUUGGGCAUUUUCGUCAAAACCAUCACCGCGGGGGGUGCGGCGGCCGUGGAUGGGAGGAUUCAGGUAAACGACCAAAUAAUCUCCGUUGACCAAAAAUCCCUGGUGGGAGUAACCCAAAGCUACGCGGCCUCCGUGCUCCGCAACACCUCGGGCCUCGUCCAGUUCCAAAUCGGGCGUGAAAAGGACCCUGAAAACUCUGAAGUCGCGCAACUCAUCCGCCAAUCCCUUCAAGCUGAUCUCUUACGAAACAACGCGCGCCCCCCGCCCCCUCCCCCGCCCCCAGCCCCAGUGGUCACGAUAACCCCCCACGAGUACACCCAGAUGAAAAAAGAAUUACAAGAGUUACGCGAAAAAAUGGUUGCCAUGGAAACUUGUAAUUGUGAAUUAAAAUGUGAACUCGCCAGUGUUCUUUGUAAACUUGAAGAAGAGAAAAAAUUACGCGAAAUCGUGGAGAAUCGGUUGAAAGAGUUGGAGAGCUCGGUUAAAUUAAAUGAAGUUGCCAUGACAACGAGUAAUAAUAAAAAUGGUUGCCAUGACAACGACCAUGAUUUUCCCAUUCCGAGGGAUAAUUAUCUACUCGAUGUAAGUAAAGAAAAGGGAAAAGCGGAGCUAAGGCAACGCUCCCAGCAACAGCACCAGUUGUCAAGGCAACAACCGAAACAAAUUGUUCUGGACCUGUCGUCACGACAAUUAGAAUUACAGUCAAAGUUAUUAAAUAAUUCUAAUAAUUCGUCAUGGCAACAGGAGACCCCACGGAGCAACUUUAUAAAUAAUGCAAUUUCACCCAUAAAAUCCCCAACCAACGCAAAUCAGUCGCCAAGGAAACCAAAUUUAAGUGAACAAUUGAGGCAGAUUUUAGUCUUGUCUGACUCGCAGAUUUUUAGCGAUCGCGAAGAAGAGGGGUUAGAAGAGGAGGAGGAGUUUAUCGUCGUGGAGGCCGAAGAGUCACGUGGUCAUCAAGAAGAAAGGGAAGUUACGAAGAAAUGGAUGACCGUGAGCCCGACAGAGUGGAAUAAUGAUCAGGUCUGCCAAUAUUUAAUUUUCAUGAACCUGGACCACCUCCUUCCGCCAUUUAUGGACAAUUCAAUAAAUGGCGAGCGCCUAUUGCGGAUGGACUCGAAGGAAUUAAAAUCCUUUGGCGUUGCUGGGGACGACAAAUUAAAGUUAAAGAAAAAAAUUAAAGAAAUGCGUAAUCAGGUUGCUAUGGAAACGAAAAAGAGACAAACGAACAACUUUUUUACCAAAUUUAAAUAAGUGCCAUUUUUUUUAUUUUAUACAAAGUUACAAAGUCGACUUUUUUUAAGUAAAUAAAAAAAAUUUGUGUAAUUUUACAAGAAAAAAA